GGUUCUUGUUCUUUCUUGAACCGCCUGCCGCACAGUCCAUAUUACACACACAUCCCAAUUAAAAUUUCUGGGUCUCCUCAAGAUUUGAUUUUGAUUCAUACCCAUUUCAUUAUGCACCUUCUAUAGUUAAUAUAUGCUUACAUAAAGGAUAUUUCUUAAUAUCUUGUAUUUCUUAAUAUCUUGUGGGAUCAUGAGCACACCGGCCGUUCAUCCGGUGGAAAUUCCGGCGGUUCUGGCCAGGCCACCGCCGGUGGUCAGAACUAAAGAUGUGCAGGGGAUGCCUGGUACUUCAUUAGGCCUUGUUUUCAGAGUGUUUCAGUUUGUUUUUGCUGCCAUUUCUCUCUCUAUUAUGGCUUCCACCAAUGAUUUCCCAUCUGUUACUGCUUUCUGCUACCUUGUUGCUGCUGUUAGCUUACAGAGUUUGUGGAGCCUUGCGCUGGCUGUUGUAGAUAUAUAUGCUCUUUUAGUCAAGCGGAGUUUACGGAACACCAGUGUUGUCAGUUUGUUUGCAAUUGGUGAUGGGAUUACAUCUACUCUUACUUUUGCUGCGGCCUGUGCAUCUGCUGGUAUCACAGUCCUCAUUGGAAAUGACUUGGAUAAAUGUGAUGUAAACCACUGCAAGAGGUUUAUGUCAGCAACAGCCAUGGCUUUCCUGAGCUGGGUUGCAGUGUCCCCUUCCUUUUUCUUGAAUUUUUGGUCAUUGGCUUCCAGAUAAAGGCAUCAAACAGAGAGUUUUAUUAGAUAGCUGGAACCGUUGCGUGCUCCCUUUAAUAGAGAUCCUUCCGAUUGUUCGUUCUUUGUAUAUGAGCUCAGUUUUGUAAAGGAUGUAUAGAAUCAAAUCUCUCCGGAAAGCACCAUUGGAUUUGGCUUGGGGUGUUUGGCUCGAGUACGGUUGUGUGGGGAGUAUAGCAUGAAUUCAGUUACUUUCGCUUUGGUGUAAUGACUAUUGAAUUCACUAUAUAUUAGAGAUUCUCAAA